AUGGCGCCAUCAAGUGGUCUAGAAGCCCAAGAGCUGUUUGAAUCAGAGAGUAGCACCUACACGUACCUGUUAGCGGAUGCCGUCACCAAGGACGCCGUCCUUAUUGACCCUGUACUGGAGACCAUCGAUCGGGACCUCAAGUUAAUCGGCGAACUGGGGCUCCAGCUGAGAGUCGCAGUGAACACUCACUGCCACGCGGAUCACAUCACCAGCACGGGGCUCAUGAAAACGAGGCUAGCUGGCCUGAAAAGCGCGAUCUCUAAAUUAAGCGGCGCAACGGCAGACAUCCUCUUGUCCGAGGGAGACAGGAUCACCUUUGGAAAACAUCAUUUGACAGUGAGAGAAACCCCAGGACACACGGACGGCUGUGUGACACUGGUGAUGAAGGAUCAGUCUAUGGCGUUCACAGGAGAUGCGUUGCUCAUACGAGGCUGCGGCAGGACUGACUUCCAGCAAGGUUGCUCCAAAUUGCUUUACAAUUCCAUUCAUAAGAAGAUCUUCACCCUGCCUGAUAACUGCCUUAUCUACCCGGCACAUGACUAUCAAGGUCAGACAGUGUCGACUGUCGGCGAGGAACGCACAUUAAACCCUCGCUUGACUAAGAGCCUGGAGGAUUUUGUAACCAUCAUGAACAACCUAAAUCUGCCUAAGCCUUCCAAAAUAGAUAUUUCAUUGCCUGCUAAUCUGGUCUGCGGAGUUCAUCAAAUUUGA